AUGAGGAAUUGCAUCGAGCGGUGGGUAUGGUAGGUAGGUACAUCUGAUGACCUAUCUUGGACUACCACCCUGUUCAAGAUGGCUAACUAGCUUUACUAUGAUGUAAUCGAGAAUGGAGAAAAAUAAUAUGUAAGAAUUAAGUAGAUUAGAAGAGACUAAGUAUAAACAACUAUCAAGCAUAUCAAUUUUAAAAUUAAGAUGAUGGGAGAAAUCAACAGCAUUUAUAACAUCCCAUCUUUCCAGCAGCUCGCUCGCUUCAUCACUGGAGAUGAGCCCUUUCCCAAACAUCUCGCAUAUACAAAUGCAUACAAAUAUUUUGAAAUGAUGAGAUAUAGAGUGAUCAGGCCACACAGCGACAUAGGCAAGUCGACCAGGAAGAAUAUUUGCGGUUUUUUGAAUGGUGAUGCAACAUUCAGUACUGCAUCUUCUGAAAUCGAGGAUAUAAUCUUCGUAUAUAAGAUAGCUCCCCGCACCUAGAAGAUCCACAUUGCAGCUUCAUUCUAAUCUUCCAGCGAUUGA